GAUCGGCGUAUUGAUAAUUGCGUUCAUUAUCAUUUAUUGCAUGCUUUCACCGGACUCUCUUCACCACUACCACUACUAUACCCUCGCCUCAUCUUCCGUUGUUGGAAACGAAGUGGUCAUCCACCAACAUAUUCAAUGGACGGCUUUGACGACCUUCUUGCACCUUCAAAAGCUCUUGAGCAAAAUCCUUUUGCAGAUCCUUUUGGUAGACGUUCUGGUUCUCCGGAUCCAUGGGCAUCCUUCCAUCAACCUACGCCCUCAGGCUUUCAGGAUACCGAUGACGGCAGCGAAGCUAGCGCAAGCAGUCGGCCAAUUGUUGCAGAUGAAGCCCUGCAUUCAAAUGCAUUCGGUAGUGAUGGACUCCGUGACGGUUCGACUUCUGCAGACUCAACUGCAAGAGAUAAUCCACUGGAAGCAUCUGCCACUACUAGCGACAACCACUAUGAUGAAGUGGAAGCUUCACCAGUCACCCUCUCUCCAGGCGUAGCAUCCCCAGGCUUUAGGGAAAGCAUAUCUCGUUCUCCGGAUGAUAAGUUUGGGUCUGCAUCACAGCCGCCUCCACGAG